AUGUCCGCGCAGAAGGACUUUAUCCUCUUUGACGAUCCUGCGCCCUCGGCAGCUCGCGAAUCCCUAAGGCCCCUCCCUUCCGCAACCGCACAGCUCCCUCCACCCAACUCCUUCACAAAGCAUCGCUCGCCCAGGCAGUCUCCCGCAUUCGACGAUGGCGCUCCACCCGCUCCUGACGCUUUCAACGAUGCUGCCGGCCCGCGCCGCAAGCGUCAGAGGAGCGACGCGUUCGCCCAUCCUCCCACCACCACCACCACCACCACCUCACGCCACGCACACGCUCCCAACCAACGCAUCUCGCCGCCCAGCGGCAGCCUCGGCGCUCCCAUGCACGAUCUCUCCCUCGGCGACUCGCUGCCUCUCUACGACCGCACCGCUUCAUCUUCCGCCUUGCCUUCCCCAGCUUCCACCGCGGCCAUGACCCGCGAGCAGCAGGAACGCGUAAAGGCCCAGAUCCGCGCAGAGCUCGCCGGCGUCGACACCCGCGCCUUCAAAGGUCCCCUCCGCGACAUCCUCCAAAAGCAAGACUACACUCCCAGCCACAACGACAUGCAGACCAGCCCGCUCUCUGCUUCCAGCGACCCCAUGCAGGCUGGCGUCGCCCCCUCCUUUAGCCUCUUCCCAGACUACGACAUUGGCGGCUCCCGUUCCCGCAGCCACUCCAGUCACAAUGGCAGAGCCACGCCCCAGGAGACCCCCACCGCAGACGAAGACAUGCCGCAUCUCCUCAGCCAGCGCUCCUCCGACAUGCGCACAAAGUCUGGCAACAUCGACCAAGGCUUCGGCGCCAUGUCCUAUCCUCCCGCACGUCACUCCCAAAACAUCCUCCCCGACUGGGCUCGCCAGUCGCAGUCCUCCCAACAUUCUCAGCCUUCGCAACCACGCCCCUACAUGCCGCCCCCCGCACUCUCCCAGAGCCUGCUCGCUCAACGCGGAGGUCCCGUCUCCAUGCCCUCCACCGAGCCUACCAUCAGUGCAAACUACGCCGAACUUCGUCGUCCGCUCAAGCGCGAGUCCAGCGGUCUCACCGUCAGCCCGCAGCAGGCCUUCCUCGAUUACGACCACGUCGAAAACCAGCUCUCUCACUCGGGCCUCGGCAAGAUGCCCAGCCUCUUUGCAUCCGUGCCCCCGGGCCUCUCCGACGCAAAGCUAGCUCCCAUGCGCGCCUCUGCAGGCGCUCAAACUCCACGUAUGCCCUCACAGCACAAUGUUCCGCGCGCACGCUCCUCCACAGACGAAGCCGUGUACGCAGCACGCCCUGUCGCCAUGACUCGCAACGACACCGCCCGUCCGCAUCACUACCAGAAGCGCCCGGGUCCCAGCGUGCAUCAGAGCCCCGCCGGUCGCUCGCCCUAUCUCAAUCACAGCGACGGCCGUGGAUCAGCCAGCCAAGAGUCCGGCUCCCAAAGCAGCCUCUUCAGCCCCGUCGACAGUGGCGACACCAUCUCCACCGACGACGACGAGGACGAACGCCCCUACUAUCCGCCCAACAUGCGCCCCAGCAUGAUCCGCGGCGGUCCCAGCAGCCUCUACCUCAACUAUCCCGUCAAGGGCGACGGCCGCUCCUCCCACUCGCCCUCCAUGCUCACACGCCCGCUCUUGGGCAAAGAACGCACUUCGAGCUCUGGCAGCGGCGCCUGGUCGCACGUGCGUACCGAGCCCUGGGCCUUCCGUCCAGCGCACAUGAACCAGCCCCGCUUCUCCGACGUCUCGGCCUCCAGCAGCGACUCGGACGACGACAGAUACGGCCGACGCGGCCUUCAGCACCGCCAGGGCGCCGAGUACCAUCCGCGCCACGCCGCGCAUCAUCAGCCGCACCCGCACCAUGCCUAUCCGCCUUACGGCCGCGCGCAUCCGCAUUCAACAUCACCCCACGCCCACUACGCACAGCACGAUGCCCGCAAUGCGCAUCGGCCGAGUCUGGGCCAGCAUCAGUCUUCGUCCGAAGAUGUGGACGAUACCGACCGGUACGGCCGGCAUGCGUCUGGGCGUAUGGAUGAGCGACCUUCGCGUGCACACGUGCCUGGCGCGCUCGGCGGCUACGGCUACAUCCCCGGCAGCCAGGAGAGCGGCCUCAGCGUGCCCGGCGGCAGCGGCGGCGUCGCGCGCAGUCAAGACGACGGCAGCAUCAGCCCCUCCAUCCGCUCCUCGGCGCAGACCACCGGUCACCGCGGCAAGCACGAAGCGCCGGCCCCCGAGAUCAGUGCUCCACCUCCGCUGCUUACGUCCCGCCAGCCAAGUGGCGGUGCUCCCAUCCCCGCCGCCACCGCCAACGCCAGCGCGACUCCCGCCGCCUUGCCUCCACCUGGGACCCUGGCGCCUGGCAGUGCUGGUGCACCACUGCGCGACGAGCGCAUGGAUGCCAGUGGUGGGGAUGAGUCUUCCUCCACGGGCACCAACAGUGCGAGUGGCGGUGGCAACGAAUCUGACUACGAAGACGGCUCCCCAGACAGUGCGGCCUCGAAGCGCUCUGCAGCACGCAAAGACAAAGGCGGUACGGCGACGACAACUCUGGCCGCCGCAAAAGCGCUCACGAGCGUUGCAGGGGACGGGACUACCAAGUGCGACUAUAUCUCGCCGAUCACGGGAGCCGAGUGUCAAACGGCCUUCCACCGGCCGUACGAUCUGGCGCGCCAUCGCGAGACGAUCCACGCGCGCGAAGAGGCCGGCUUUGUGCGCGACGGCAAGUUGAGUCUGGAUGCGUGCGUGGUACUGGGCAAAGAGGUGGAUCCGAAAAAGUCGACGGCGGUGGUGGAGUGGAAGUGCAAAGAGUGCGGUGCCAAUUUCAGCCGCAAGGACGCCAUGCUCCGCCACGAACGGCUCCGUCACAAUGCCGCCAAGUGUCUUUUGAUCUUCCUCUUGGCCAUAGCUCGUUGCAAGUCAAUGGAUCUUGUGGAGACGUUGAUGCUCAGCAACUAUGGGGAUCCUCCCUCCCCUUGCCCGCAAGAGGAUACGGCACAGGAUCCCCAAAAACCCGGCGACUGUCUCUCCGCAAGACCAACCACGCCGGAUGCUCCCAAAAAAGCGGAGCGCACAACUAAAGAAGAAGAAGAAGAAGAAGAAGAAGAAGAAGACUGUGCGGCUUUAACUGGCUUAUCGUGGUCCAAGCGGCAAACGGGGAAGCAACAUCCGCCCACCCAAGCGACCAAAGCCCUCAUUUCGAAGGUCGGGCCUCUUGGCGAGCAGCCACGAUCAGAAGCUUUCACCUCGCAACUCGCUGCAAGCACUGUUACCCGCGUCAGUGCUAACCAGCAGUGGUAUGCCCAGCAGCAGCAAGCUAGAGACCAAGCCCAAGCCCAAGCCCAAGCCCAAGCCCAAGCCCAAGCCCAAGCUCAAGCUCAAAGACAAGCCCAAGCCCAAGCCCAAGCUCACAGACAAGCCCGAGCCCGAGCCCAAGCAGAAGCUCAAGCCCGAGCUGAAGCCCAAGCCCGAGUCGAAGCUCAAGCACAAGCUCACCUGAACGGUCAGCAACGCGUCCAGCAAGCGGAGUCGCUCAACGUGGCUUCACCAGCCCCUCAGCAAGCUGCUGUUCAUCGCCGGGCUGUGUCUCCUGUCAAGCAUGGUGAGACGACACAGGCUCGCCAGCAGCCUGCCGCUGUGACAGACGAGGUUGUUCCCGUGGCUAAGCAUCGUCCUGCAGAACCAGUACCAACAGCUGCCGUCGCUCGUUCCGAGCCUGUGCCUAGUGCUGUUGGAACUUCGCCUGCGGGCAUCACCAGCCACAAGGCGAGCACUCAACGUCGGUCUGCAUCGCCUGCCGUCGCCUCCGAUGCCGGCAGUGCUCGAGUUGAUGGCCACGAGCGCGAGGAUGCCAGCGUCGUUGCGGAAGAAACUCAAGAUGAGUCGCCCGAGCGCGAUGUCGGCGACGGGAACGACGCAGCCGACGCGCUUGCCGACUACGAGCGCGUCAUGCGCAAGGACAACGAAGAGACGACCCGAGUUCAAGCCGACGCCGAUGAUCACGACGACUAUGACAUGGCGACAAUCGAGCACACGCUCAUCUACCCUCCCGACGGUAAAGUCAGCAUCCCCUUUCCUCCUUCGGAGCUGACGGAUCCGUUGGUUGCAGGUAUGGUGCCCGGCUCGCGUCGGUGGCGCUUCGAAGCCCUUCCCACCGCGGGAGACGAGGGGAAGCUCAUCUCCAAGAUCAUCAACAUGCUACUCGAGGAAAAAUUCCACCUGGAAGAGUGUUCCAUCUCUCUACCGCCUGCUUCGGGCAGGGAGCGAUUUGUGCAGAUCCACUUCAAUGUUCUUGCCGACUACGUCCAGGCUGCGACGCUCGAACUCACCUGGAAUGGAAGGCCGAUGGAGCUGGUGAGCAGUGCGGCUCCACUGCGCAAGCGCAGCACUGUGCUCAAGAUCUACAAUAUCUCCGGACCUACUGAAGAGACUAUCGACAACAUUUCCAGCGCCAUUAGGGACGUUGUCAGCAUCGAUAACAUUUGGCGCCUCGACAGGGUGGUGUACAUCAAUAAGAGCCAGUCCACAAUCACGGUCAAAGGCAGCACGCUGCUCAUCCUGGCUACGUUCCGGGAGCAUCCGGCGGUGGGAUGGUACGGGCCACAAGAUCUUCCUGGCUUUGUAGCUACUCGUUCGAGCACGCAUGCAUUGCACUUUAUUGGUCGCACCAACAGCUGUGGUUGCUGCCUGCCCGAGCGCAAUACGCCGCUUAGCUACAUAGGAAGCAUCGACCAUGCUGACUCGCAGCGAAAGCGCACUCGCGACGACGCUGCUGUGGAGCCGGUGCAGAAGAAGCACAAGAAGCAAGUCGAUCAGCCCGAAAACUAG